AGCUAAGCUAAGCUACAAUAAUAAACAAACAAACUAAGUACGAUAGUACUUGACAGAAUUUAAUUUAUGAUCAUGAAGACCGUCAUUAAUCUAUGGGUCAACUUAAUGCUUUCAUUUGCCUUCGUAUCUGCAUGCAUAUUGAAAUGUUCCGCCGCCGGCGACCGUUUCGGCGAUUUCCGGCAAUGCCUGAUCAGAACAAACAAUUCAUUCGCAAGUGGAGUCUACGCCCCGACCAAUUCAUCGUUCUCUUCCAUUCUGCAGUUCCCAAUCGGGAACAUGCGGUUCAACGACACCAGCAUGCCGAAACCCGGCAUCAUCGUCACGCCGUCGGGAGCGGCGGAGAUUCAGGCGGUCGUCGUUUGUGCGAGGAAAGUCAACUUGCACCUCCGUGUGCGGAGCGGCGGCCACGAUUACGAAGGCCUUUCUUAUACGUCGGGGUUCUAUGAUACUCCGUUUGUUCUGGUUGAUGUCUCUCGCAUGAGGAAAGUUUCGGUUGAUGUCGAGAAAAAGACGGCGUGGGUUGAAUCAGGAACCACACUCGGGGAACUCUACUACCACGUGGGUAAUGCAAGUCGCAACCUUGGAUUUCCCGGCGGCGUCUGUCCGACGGUCGGAACAGGGGGACACAUAAGCGGCGGUGGAUACGGGGCGAUGAUGAGAAAAUACGGUCUAGCGGCAGAUCACGUCAUCGACGCCGUAUUAGUCAACGCGAACGGAACCAUUCUUGACCGAGAACUAAUGGGUGAAGAUCUUUUUUGGGCAAUCCGAGGAGGAGGAGGUAACACAUUCGGAAUCAUCGUUUCGUGGAAAGUAAGGUUAGUUUAUGUUCCAAACAAUGUCACAGUCUUAAAAGUGAACAGAGAUUUGGGUCAAAACGCAACAAAACUUGUUCACAAGUGGCAAUACAUAGCUCCCAGAAUGCCUCCAGAGCUGUUCCUUAGAGUCAGUUUUCUGCAAAAAACCAUAGGAAAUGAUUCCAGAAACAGAACAGUGGAAGCCCAUUUUGUGUCCACUUUCUUGGGAGGGGUUGAGAGUUUGAUUUCCAUUAUGGAUAAAAACUUCCCAGAACUGGGAGUGAAGAAGGAAGACUGCAAAGAGAUGAGAUGGGUAGAAUCUGUCCUAGACUUUUAUGACCUCCCAACUGAGACACCAAAACUACUGCUCAAUAGAGUCCACAAUGAGACAACAAGCUACAAAGCAAAAGCAGAUUAUGUGCAGAAGCCAAUUCCAGAGGAAGGCCUUAAAGGGCUAUGGGAAUUGCUCUUAGAAGAUGAAGCCCAGAAUCUGUCAAUGGACUUGAAUCCAUAUGGAGGAAGAAUGGAUGAAAUUUCAGAAUCUGCAUUACCAUUCCCACACAGAGCUGGGAAUUUAUACAACAUCCAAUACUUGGUUUACUGGUCUGGUUCCAAUCACAGCCGCUACAUAGAAUGGUCAAGGAGGGUUGAGGCUUUUCUGACACCCUAUGUUUCAAACUCCCCAAGAGUUGCUUAUGUUAACUGUAGAGAUCUUGAUGUUGGGAUGAACACUAAUGGCAGAAACACAAGCUAUGAAGAAGCUGUGGUUUGGGGGGAAAAGUGUUUCAAAAACAAUUUUGAGAAGUUGGUGCAAGUGAAGACUAAAGUUGAUCCUACCAAUUUUUUCAGGAAUGAACAGAGUGUACCUCCCCUCAAGAAUUAAUACUUGACCUACUUUAAUCUACACCUACAUAGAAAAGAAGAACUUUUUAAUGUGUCCUAAGUUCUUGGAUCAUUGUAAGUUUUUUAGUACCGCGUGACUGUAAUAAAAAAGCUUUUUAAUAUUUUCUAAGUUUUUAAAAUAUAUGUUGUAAAUAUGUAAUGAACUAAAUAAAGGGAGACAUGUUAUUUAGUAUAGAAUUUUUUUUUUGUUGGUGUGAGUUAUCAUGGUCCUACCACAUUGUAGGAAAGUGAAGUUGCCUAGUCCAAGAUUGAAAUUUACUUUUAUAAUUCUCUAUGUUACUCCUCUUGAAAAUUCUAGUACAUUGUCAUAUAAUGUGAGGUUCAUUGAAACUGUAAAUUACGGGAACGGCUAAAAGAACGUCAUUUACUAUGUAGCACUUUUUUUCAAUUUUCGUGUCUGAGAAAAGAACACGUAUUUGAUUUGGUUGAAUUUGUCAUUAUAGUUCGGCAUUCCGUGCAUUAGUGAAGCAUGCAUGUGUCUUGUGUAAAAUAUCAAUUCCAGUAUAUUUAUGCACUUAUAAAUAUUGGGAAAAAUAAUUAAAACACCCCAAACUUUGAAGGG